AUGGCUGAGCUGCUGCAGCGCGCGCGGGCGCUGCUGCCGCCACUGGAGGGCGGCCUGGAGGAUCUGCUGCUGCCCCUCUACCAGGGUAUCGUCAUCGUCGCCCUGCGCGUAGCCACCGAGAAGCUGCUCGUCCCGCCGCUCCGCCGCUACCUGAAGCACGCCCCCUCCUCGGAAAGCGCGAAGUCCCCCGAGCGCCGCGCUCACGAGGUUGUCGACAACGCGUUCCUCGUCGCCGUGAUCGCGCCGCUGUCGCUGUGGGGGUGCGUGCGCGUGCGUAUUCAAUACCUCUCGCGCAUGCACUUUUUUGCGCACACAGCCGAGAUGCUGGGCACUGCCCUGGGCGGCGUAGGGUUCAAGCUCAACCUGGAGAUGGUGAUACACCACCUGGUGACCAUGGUGCUCAUGCUCUUUGGCUAUUACGGCGGCCUCCACCGCUACGGCAUGAUGGCCACCACGGUGCUGGACUCCUCCAACACGCUGCUGCACGCCGCGAAGGCCGUCCACGCGACAGGCCUGCCGCAGCUUGUCCCUCUCCAGGACGCGCUGUUCAAGCUGUUUGCCCUCGUCUUCUUCGUCGUGCGCGUCGUCAUGCCGCCCCCCACCAUGCUGUACCCGGGAAUUACCCACGGCCGCGUGCUGCCCACGAGGAUGUACUACGUGACUAACGGCCUCAUGUUUGUGAUCUACGGGCUGCAGAUUAUGUGGUUCUAUAAGAUCGUGCGCAUUGCCAUGGGGGGCGACAGCAAGCCUGCAAAGAAGGCGGCCCCGGCCGCCGUCAAGGCCGACUGA